AUGGACCAGAGCUUGGAUGAGAUCAUAGCUGAACGCCCUAAUACCUCUCGCCCUCGAGACCGGAUGGCGAAUAGCCGCCCCCGAAGGAAUAACUACCGCGACUCUCAGAAGGUCGAGGAGACCGUGCAGAUUUGGACCUCACGCUCUUCCCGACCCCCACGACAACCUCGCACCGACCGAUACAACUCUGGCCCCGUUGUCGACCACGAUUCACGUGGGUCAAAAGUUCGAGUAAACAAUAUUCACUAUGACUUGACUCAAGAAGAUCUCGAGGAGCUGUUCACCCGCAUUGGACCAGUCAAUUCCGUCUCUCUACUCUAUGACCGAGCCGGUCGUUCCGAAGGCAUUGCAUUCGUCACAUACAAACGACUGUCCGAUGCGCAGACCGCUAUCCAAGAAUUCGACGGCGCAAACGCCAAGGGUCAACCAAUCCGUCUCUCCCUAGUCACGUCUAACGCCGGCCCUAGACGCCGCAACCCAUUCGACUCCGCCGAGUUGCCAAAGGGUAGCCUAUUCGAUCGUGCCGAAAGGCCACGAGGCAGAGACAGCCGCAGUCUCAGCCCAGACGCAGACGCUAACGGUGGACGACGGAGCAGGCGGAACAAUACCAACCUUGCACCGCCAGAGAACAUCGAUCGCUAUGUACCCGGUCAACGAUCGCCGAUACGGAAACAUGACUCUGGGAGAAACAGAGGCCGUCGCGGCGGUAGAGAGGCUAGAGAAGGCAACGAUAGCCGAACUCGUGGAACAGGAAGAACGAAAAAGACGCAGGAAGAGUUGGAUCAGGAGAUGGAAGAUUAUUGGGGGAAGGCGAAUACUGGAGCUGAAGCUGCUACGGGUGCCGACGCUGGCACUACUACUGCUGCAGCUACCGAUGCCAACCAAGCCGCUCAGCCUAGCCAACCUGCUCCCGCUCCUGCGGCUGGUGCUGAGGAGGACAUUGACAUGAUUGAAUAG